UUCGAAAGCGGCGGCGGCGGCGCUGAGCGGGUCCCCCCCGCAGACGGAGAAGCCGACCCACUACAGGUAUCUAAAGGAAUUUAGGACAGAGCAGUGCGCCCUGUUUGUGCAGCACAAGUGCGCCCAGCACAGGCCAUUUACCUGUUUCCAUUGGCAUUUCCUAAAUCAGCGUCGGCGCAGACCGCUCCGCAGGCGCGACGGCACCUUCAACUACAGCCCGGACGUGUACUGUGCCAAGUACGACGAAGCCCGCGGCGUGUGCCCCGACGGCGACGGGUGUCCGUACCUGCACCGGACGACCGGGGACACGGAGCGCAAGUACCAUCUGCGCUACUACAAGACGGGCACGUGCAUCCACGAGACGGACGCCCGCGGCCACUGCGUCAAGAACGGGCUGCACUGCGCCUUCGCGCACGGCCCGCUGGACCUGCGGCCGCCCGUCUGUGACAUCAGGUGCGUGGGGCGUCCGCGGGGCGGGCGGCCGCUCACCUCUCCGGCCGUGGGCCCGAGCGAUUCGCUCUCUGGCCUCGGCUCUACGUCUGACGAGGUUUCCGUCCGCCCCCGUGCGCCCCUGGGAACUCGCGGGGCCCAGCCCGUGCGCCGCAGUGCCCAUGACGGGGGCAGGGAGCUGCAGGCCCAGGAAGCCUUGCAGAACGGCCAGCUGGGCGGCGGGGACGGCACCCCUGACCUGCAGCCUGGGGCGGUGGCCAGCCAGGCCAUGAUCGAGAAGAUCCUGGGCGAGGACCCCCGGUGGCAAGACGCCAGCUUCGUGCUGGGCAGCUACAAGACGGAGCCGUGUCCGAAGCCGCCGCGCCUGUGUCGCCAGGGCUACGCGUGUCCGCACUACCACAACAGCAGGGACCGGCGGCGGAGCCCGCGCAACUUCCAGUACAGGUCCACGCCGUGUCCCAGCGUGAAGCACGGUGACGAGUGGGGUGAGCCCGCGAGGUGUGACAGUGGGGACAGUUGUCAGUACUGCCAUUCCCGCGCGGAGCAGCAGUUCCACCCGGAGAUCUACAAGUCUACGAAGUGCAACGACAUGCGCCAGACUGGCUACUGCCCGCGGGGCCCUUUCUGCGCCUUCGCUCACGUAGAAAAGAGCCUCGGGACGGCCAACGGCUGGGGCUGCCCGGCGCCCGCCCGCAGCUCCGCGGCCAGCAGCGGCCCGCCUGCUCACGCGAAGCGGAGGGAGUCCCCUGCCGAGGGCAGCCACAAGGCCGCUGAGCAGGACAGCAAGCAGAAGCACCUGGCCGUGUCUGCGGUGGCCCACCCGCUCGCCCCCAGCCUGGGUUCCAGCGUGGCGUCCAGCGCCGGCUCCGGCAGCUCCUCCCCGGCCGCCCUGCCCACGGCCCCCCGCGCCCACCCGCCCGAGCCCGCCCCAGGUUCUGCUCUGGACCUCCAUCCUGGUGACAUCAGCCUCGCGCCCCUAGAUACAGAGCCGGAGGAGCAUGACCCAGGUGACCUGGGACUGGCAGGUCCGCGGUCGCCUGGGGGCUCGGCCCCCGUCACCAUCCCAGGCCACCUGCCCCGCUCCCCGUCCCUGCCCUCGUCCUCCUCACUCUCCACCUCCCCGCUCAGCUCGCUCUCCCAGUCUCUGUCGGGGCCGCUCGUCUCUUCAGCCAUGACGCCCCCCCAGCAGCCACCGACGCUCAAAUCGGAGCCUGGCGCGCUGGGCCCCUCGGCUGCAUCCUACAGCUCCUUAGGCUUGAACGGCGUCCCCGGGAGCAUCUGGGACUUUGUUUCCGGCACCUUCUCUCCCAGCCCGUCCCCCAUCCUGAGCACCGGCCCUGCCCCCGCCUCAAGUGCCAGCCCGAACGGCGCGGAGCUGGCCCGGGUCAGGCAGCAGCUGGACGAGGCCAAGAGGAAGAUCAGGCAGUGGGAGGAGUCCUGGCAGCAGGUGAAGCAGGCCUGUGACGCGUGGCAGCGGGAGGCCAAGGAGGCCAAGGAGCGGGCGCUGGCGGCCGACAGUGCGCGGCAGCAGGCGCUGCGGAAGAAGGAGGAGGUGGAGGCCCGCUUCCGGAGGCUGCAGGAGGAGCUGGAGGGCCGCGGGCCGGGCCCCACGCUCGCGGGGCUGCAGCGCUGUGCCGACCUGGGCGCCGUCCCGCUCCCCAAGCUGCACUCGCUGCAGAGUCGGCUGCGCCUGGAUCUGGAAGCCGUGGACGGGGUGAUCUUCCAGCUUCGAGCCAAGCAGUGCGCCGUGUGCCGGGAGCGGGCCCGCGGCGGCGCCCUGCCCCCCUGUGCCUGCUGCGAGGGCCAGCCGCUCCCGUGGUGACCGCCGCGUCCCCACUGGCCCCUCGGGUGCCCCUGGGCCCCGGAACGACGUGGGGCUUGCCGGCCUGACGCACCGGGACCCCGACCAGCACUUUGUGAAGCAAGGGAUUGAGACGUUCUCAGUUGGUGUAAGCUGCUUUCUAGGUUCGUGGUUUUUUAUUACGCGGUGACAUGAAGCUUUACGCGUACCGCGAGCUGAGGACGCUUCCUGUCCACUGGCUGUUUGUUCGCGGUACGGCACACUUUCCAUUCCUCCUCUGAAACUAGUACUUCCGACAUGAGCGUUUACCUAGUAGUGAGAAACGCCUAGGACUUUUUAAUCGUUUUCAAAUUAAGUGCAAACAUAGUAUUUAUAGCAGUGAGACUAGAAGACACACAUUUAGGAUUUUAAUCUUGUAAGAGGGACGCGCUCACGUGCACACCGACUGGAGUUUUAGGUCCCAGGACCACGAGGUGGCGCUGCGCCCGGUCACGCUCCCUGCACCGGGGCCACUAGUCUAAGUGCCUGAGCCUUGCGGGGCGAGCGGAGGCCCUGCCCUCAGGUUGUCGGCUCCUCCGGCUCCUCCGGCGAACAGCGAGCCUGGGGCCCGUGCUGGAGGCGGAGGCUUCCCGGGGAACCUGAGAAGGCCGCGCCUCCGCGCCCUCGGCCUCCCAGGCAUCCUGGCUCCUUCGCGGAUGGCGGCCGAGACCAGAGCCUUGCUCGUGCCCCUCCCUGCGGCCAGCGGGACGCCCGCCCGGGACCCCUGCCUGCAAGGGAGAGGCCCAGGUGUUACCAGGGUCACUCAGGGGACGCUGGGGUCGCAGGCCCCGGCCACCCAGCUGUGGCAGGCACGCUCCUGAGAAAGGUCUGGUUUCGGUGAAGACUGGAAUCUUCUCUGGUCUGCACUGGGCCGUUUUUCCUAGAAACCGGGGGAGACACAGAGGCCGUGUGCAGUGCCCCCCAGACUCUGCUCUUCCUGCGGCCGUCUACCUGGCUGCAAGGCCUGUCCCGAAUCUGCCGCUGGGGCAGGAGCGGCCACGGCCCACCUGUGGCUUUGCCAAAGACUUUUAAUAGCAUUUUUUUAAAGUGCAAAAUGGCUCGGUAAAAAUUAUGUGACCAAAUAUUUACUAUAUAGUAAGAGGUUUAAAAGAUUUUUUUUAAUGUAAGACAAAGUGAUAGUUCUGUCGUGUAAAGGCUGCGGCUUGUCCGCUACUAACGGUGACCAUUGACUUGGUUUUAGUGAAUCUACUUGGUUUUUAAGGAUAGUGAUGAUGAUUUAUUAGCUCUUAGAAAUGACGUAUAUUUUGUGCUACUGUUAUCACUGUUUAAAAUUAUUUUUAUUAAUAUUUAUGCACUUGUUUCACAUUUCAGACCUUUGGUCUUUGAUGGGAAACAGAACAAUGAGUUUAUCGGGGGGUGGGCGGCCGGGGCGCUGUCAGGUAAUCAACCGGGACCGACGUGUGCCCUCCCCAUAGGUGGGAGGCAGGAGCGUCACAGGGGUCCCCGUGCGCCACCUGAGCGGGUCCUUCCCGCUCCAUGGCUUGGCUGUGGCGGCCCUGGUGUCCUGCAGGCGCCCUCCCCACCCGCGGGGCCUCUGUGUCUCAAGUGGGAGUGGCUUUAGCCUUCACGGGGGGCGCGUGAGCCUCCUGCUGUUUGGGGACCAGGGGCCGGCAAGGAGACCUCAGGCCAGUGUGGACCCUUAACGCGGAAUAAUUUAUGGAAGCCUCAGUCUAUGUUCGUUCGGGGUAUUUAGAUGAGCUCGUUACUGGAAUGAAUUUUCUUAACCCAGAAGAUAGUAUUUAUAAUGCAUAAUCAUUUACUCGUAGCAAACUGUUCAAAGUUAACACUUGUUUAAAUUUUUUUACACUAUAGCAUUUAUGCAAUGGUUUACAGAAUUCAUGGAAUUAUUUUUAUCAGUAUGGGAAUUAAUUAAACCUUUGAAUCUUUA